AUGGCUGCGGGUUGCUCAGUGUCUCCGCGGUCGAAGGCGGCCUCAGAAGGGCCGGUGGUGGGACCAGCCGGCGUCUUGCCUUGCCUAGAAUUGCCUACCUACGUGGCCGCUUGUGCGCUCGUGAAUAGCCGCUACUCCUGCCUGGUGGCGGGGCCGCACCGAAGACACAUCGCACUGUCGCCGCGCUACCUUAACAGGAAACGCACCGGUAUCCGAGAACAGCUCGAUGCCGAGCUCCUGCGCUAUUCCGAGAGCCUUUUAGGUGUACCCAUUGCUUAUGAUAACAUCAAAGUAGUGGGUGAAUUAGGAGCUAUUUAUGAUGAUCAAGGACACAUUCAUCUUAACACUGAAGCAGAUUUUGUUAUUUUCUGCCCUGAACCAGGGCAAAAACUUAUGGGUACAGUUAAUAAAGUGUCUUCCAGCCACAUUGGCUGUCCUAAACCUGAGCAGAUGCUAGCCGAGCAGUGGCAGACUCUGAAGAUAAACAUGGGUGAUGAACUAGAAUUUGAAGUAUUUCGUUUAGACUCAGAUGCUGCUGGAGUAUUCUGCAUUCGGGGAAAACUAAAUACCACUAGUUUACAAACGAAGUGCUCUGCAGUUUCUGAAGAAGUAACAGAAACUGGCACUGAAGAAGCUACUGAAAAACCUCAAAAGAAGAAAAAGAAAAAGAACAAAGACCCAGAGCCAUAUGAAGUGGAAACUGGUACCACAGAGCUAGCAGAUUUUGCAGAUGUUACCAUGAAGGAAGAGACAGAUCUGCAGAUUAAUAACAAUGUGAAUGGCCUCUGGGAGGAAGAGCCGAAGAAGAAGAAAAAGCAUCAGGACCCUGUUUUCCAAGGCAGUGACUCCAGUGGUUACCAAAGUGACCAUAAAAAAAAAAAGAAAAGAAAGCACAGUGAGGAGGCUGAGUUUACACCACUUUUGGAACAUGCACCUAAAAGAAAAGGGAAAAGUAAUUUUCUUUAGUGCAUUUUAAAUAUGAUUUGGUUUUUUUAAAAACUGAUUUACACAAAACAGAUGACUAAAGUUUGAACUAUGAAAUGUUUUGUAUUCCAAUACUUUGCAAAACAGGGAACAUUUGAUGAGGAGUUGAGUUUUUGGUGCUAAAAUUACAAAACAGAUAAAUUUGGGAAAUGCCAGUAUUAUUAAAGUGCCGUUUUACUAUAUACAGAAUAGAAAGGUAAGAGCUGCCCUCAAUCUCAACUCCUUCAUUCUUCCAGGGUAUACAUUCUAAAUAAAAUGAUUUCUACAGUCUGCAAAA